AUCCUUCUCUGCGCAGCCUUUGAUCGCCGCAAAUGGAAGCCUCCGAAUCCCAGUCAUUCUUCCACGGCAUCAGAUCCAGAGAGCUCAAUGGAUUUCGAGUUAGAAAACGACCAUAUGUCAACGAUUUGGCAUUGGAUUUCACUGAAAUUGGAGCUCUGGCUAUUGAGCACGCCGGGGAAGAGACGCCUCCGAUGGCCGUUUCCUUUUGCAAGGCAAGCAAAAAUUCUCAUGUUUUUGCGGUGUCCGAUGAAGAUGGAUACGUGAACUUGUUUGAUUCUGGUGGAAAGUUUUCUUCAAGUUCUUCUCGCCAGGAUAAUGCAGUGAAAGCGAGAAUAACCGAUUGGGUCGCACAUCAGAAUGCAAUCUUUGAUAUAUGCUGGAUCAAGGAAGACACUAACAUUUUGACAGCUUCAGGGGAUCAAACUAUAAGGGUGUGGGACGCACAUGAAAAGAAAUGCUCCGGAGUGCUGAUUGGGCAUACAGGAAGUGUGAAAUCUAUGAGUUCUCAUCCAGCAAAUUCUGAUAUUAUUAUCUCUGGUUCAAGAGAUGGGUCCUUUGCUUUAUGGGACUUAAGAUGCAACAUUAGUUCCAAGAGCAGAUGCAGAGAAGAUUGCAUUAGCUCCACAGCUAUGGUCAAAAGAGCUCAUGUUUCAACUCAAGCAAGACGGGUUAAGCGUGUCAAGGCUGCUUCCAUGAGCAUCACAUCAGUUCUAUAUCUCAAAGAUGAGAUUUCCAUUGCUACAGCAGGAGCGGUAGACAGUAUAGUAAAGUUCUGGGAUGUCAGAAAUCUGAAAACUCAUGUUACUCAGGCACGUCCACGUCAAAAUUCAUCGACUCAAAAGGAAAGAUCUCAUGGCAUAUCUAGCUUGUCCCAGGAUUUAAAUGGAGUAUUUCUCACAGCAUCCUGCAUGGACAAUAGAAUAUACUUGUACAAUGUACUUCAGCUUGACAAGGGUCCUACACAGACAUACUCCGGAUGCCAAAUAGGAUCAUUUUAUGUAAAGUCAGCAAUCAGCCCUGAUGCAAUUCAUAUAUUGAGUGGUUCAAGUGAUGGAAAUGCCUAUGUCUGGCAGGUGAACAAGCCCCAAGCAGAGCCAACCACAUUGAAAAGUCACAAUGGAGAAGUCACAGCAGUAGAUUGGUGUCCAUCCGAGAUGGGGAAGAUUGCAACUGCCGCAGAUGAUUUCACAGUCCGAUUAUGGGACAUGGAAAGCAGCUUUAGCACAAGCAUAAGAUCACCAUCUUCAGUUAGAAGGAGAGUAAUGGCAAUUCCGAGUUCAGAAUGUAGGAAACUUGUCAUCAAUGAAGAACUAUUGGGUCCAACAAAGAACCCUGGAAGUUCACAUCCUGAAGAUGAAGUAUUGCACCAAAUUAAGUCAUCCAGGCCUACCCCAAACUUUAUCCUUUGCACCCCUGAAGCCCAGAAGAAAAGGAUUUCAUUAUCAGUUCUGGAUUCAACAGAAAACUUUGAAAAAACACCUAAAACCGCAUCAAAGAGUCCAAGCUCUGUCUUGAAUCCUCCUUCCUCUUCAAAACGAAGAACAAUUCGAGAUUACUUCCUAGUAACUCCUUGAAACUGUUGUCUCUGUUCCUCAGUUGAGAUUGGACAUUCCACGUAGCAGAUUGAAAAAAAAAAAAGAAGGAAAAAAGCCCAUGCAUUUGUCCUGUACAAGUUCUUCCGAGUAUACAUAUAUACAGAGAGUAAGUUUACUAACCUUCCUCUCCCUUUCUUUGAUAGUAAUUAAAGUAAUUAAACACCCAGCUUCUUAUACUGUUUGCUUUUGUAGGUCUGUGUUGAGAUUGUAAAUCAGAAUAGAAGAUUUUUAGGCCA